AUGCAAAGUGCACCGGGCCAGAAUCUUAUUAGAAGGUGUCAGUGUUGCCUCAAAGCUGCCUGGAAAUUGGUCAUUCCCAUCUCAGUCGUGGGCCUGACCAUUCUCACGAUAAACGAAUGCACACCCAGAGCCCUCAGCAUUGGCCUCCCCGCGGCUCUUGCAUACCCACCGCCACCGAGGGGGAGCGAAGGUGCAGCCAAUGGCACCGCGGAGGAAAGGGAAUGGUGGCAAGAGGCACUGUGCCAAUCCGGAGCGGACGGCGUCGAGGCACAGAUGAUACGCUUGCCGAUGCUUGCCAGAGACAUUGAACCAGACCGGAGAGAUUAUAACAUAUAUCUUGCAGAGACCGGUUGCAACCCCCGGCCAUUGUUCAGGGUAUGGUGUUCUGUGGAGAGCGCGUCCUGUGCGCCGUCCCCCGCCCUUCGCAGCUACGCCCAGCAGAAUCCGGGGGCGAAGGUGUGGUUCCUGGUGACCUCCCCGACGCUCGACGACUCUGACCGCCUCGUGGCCAGGCUCAGGGCACACUACGGGAACCUGCGCGUCGUCGGCGUCGACCUCGACAGGCUAUUCGCGGGGACGCCCGUCGAGCAGAUCUUCACGUCGGGAAACUGGACGCGGGAAACACGCUGGCCGGCCAACAACCUGUCGAACCUGCUGCGCAAUGUGCUGCUGUGGCAGUGGGGCGGCUUCAACAGUGACACCGACUGCCUCUGCGUCCGGAGCAUCGAGAAUCUUCGCAACGUCAUCGCCUACGACGAGAAGCAGCGCGUCGUCAACAACGCCGUCAUGCAUUUCGACGCGCGACACGACUACGUGGGCGCCAUGAUGGAGUACCACAGACUCAACUUCAAGUGAGACUGUGCGAGACGAGAAACCUGAACGAGCUCCUCCACAGGAAGUGCCCCGCCCUCACGCUCCUCCCUCUCAAGAAGCUCCAGUUCUACAGAUUCGACGCCUGGAAGCGCUACUUCGAGCCUAGGGCCGAGUCGGACUUCCUGAAGAAACACCGCGAGGUCUACGUUCUCCACCUGUAUAACAAACUGUCCGAAAAGGAACCGGUUCGCGUCGGUUCCAGCAGCAUCUACGAUUCCACCGCCAGGAGGGUCUGUCCCGUCACGUACGCCGCCGCCGGAAGCCGAUCCGACUUUUUCUAAAAUCUAAACGACGUGUAUAGAGUAUG